UAAAUGCAACCUGCAUGAUGUUCCCUCAAGGAGAUGCCAAUAAUUUCUAUGUUGGUGCUGAAGAUGGAUGUGUUUACAAACCAAAUUGCAUCAAAAUAUAAAUGAAAAUAUUGUUAUUCCAUUUGAGGAACAUUUAGCUCCUGUGAGUGGAAUUUCAAUAAAUUCAUCUCCAUAAGCGUCACCAAUAAUAUCUAAUUUACUACUGAGUAGUUCAUUUGACUGGACAUGCAAAUUAUGGAAUACAAGAACACAGUCGGAAGCCAAAUGCCUAGCAUCUUUUGAAUGUUUAGAAGAUUAUGUAUAUGAUGUAUAAUGGAAUGGAUAACAUCCUUCAUUAUUUUCAACGGUUGAUGGGGAAGGUUAUGUUGAUUUGUGGGAUUUGUCCUAUGAUUUAGAAGCUCCGAUUACAAGAUAUCAAUCUGGGAACAAUUCUAUCAAUAAUCUUAGUGGUCUAAAGACGGGGCUAAAAAAGCCAUUGAAGAUUCUUUUGGAGAAAUAUAAAUUUUUAAUUAUCAUAAAAAGUAUAUUAUUGUUUCUAACUUAUUUGUAGGCUCAAAAAGUUGAUCAUGAAAGAUUGGCGAAACUAGAGCAAUGGAUUAAAAGUGAC